AUGGUGUUCUAUUUCAUCAAACUCUUUUCGUUCAUACUUGCGACUUUCACGACUAUUGCCAACACACCUGUCAUCGUUCCGCCACUGGGUCUGCAACUCGAUCAAGCCUUGACUUCCUAUGCACGCCUAAUUGAUGGACUGAAAAGUGUUGUCAAUGCCACAUCGCACUCAGCGCUGGCAGCUCCAUCUAUUCCUCAGGCUGUUCUCUGCCGCAUUUACCUUGCCAUUCAACCCACCUGGUCGUGUCCUCGUCAUUCGCCGUUCUUUUGCGUUGAAGAUGGUCUUCCUUGGAGCUUAGGCAGUGUUUGUUCGGCCCAAACGUCUCUUCAACGAGCAGCCAUAUGUCUCGCAGCCCCUCCGCAUCGUUCCCUCAACUACGAGCCGCCGUUGUGGUCACGUCUCAUUAUGGGUCUCUUGUCCCGCUUGCCCCAUGUGAAGAAUGGUUUGGUGGCCAUUGCCGUGCAUAUCUUAUUCUGGGUGAUUUUCUUUUCAAUUUGUGUCAUUGUCGGCUGCGCGGGGGUGGACUUGAUAUCGGUGUCUGUGACUUGGAUUUUUAGACUCAGACGUAGGGAAAUACUGCUCACAAUGCUAUUCCGACUGCUCUUCGGCCAAGGUCGCCAGCCAGAAGGACGCGGGGAGCAUCCGCAAUGGCUGCCCGCGAUGGUGAAGAUUGAUCCGCUCGAUCUCGCGCUUGGACAAAUCAGAGAAAAUGAAGGACAAGCCGCGAUUGAACCAUUCGAAUUCGCUCUUCAGUUUCCGCUUGUGAACGUUGAUGGUGAAGGUCACGAAGCACAUCUUGUCGAGGAAGCAGCGGAGCACAACGAACGACUGCAUGCCGCUUUGCUUCUGCUGUUGCUGUUACUGGCCGAGCAAAAUCAAGCUGGGCUCAAUCUUUUGACUGCUGAUGGAGCAAACGACGGAGAACCAUGGCAGCUAAAUGAAGAACUUGUUGAGAACAAGGACGAUGCAGAAGGUGGUGAAAUCGAAGCCAUUCAGGCUGACGAAUUGAAUAUUGCUCUUGACCCUCGCAAAAAGUAUACUGGAGCCGGUCCGCUUGUUUCCGAGGAAGACAAGUUCGAAGAAAAUGUUGCCGUAGAGGUUGUUCCCGUAGACAAUGGCCACGGACUGGUCAACUUGAAUGGACACGAAGACGCUGCCCCGCCUCCAGCCAGGCAAGAGGACUCGAUAAAACAUGUGGCGCUGGCGGGUUUAAAUAAAACGGAGAUUAAUACCGUCGGUGAAGAGCUGGUUGCGGAGCAAGCUGCGGAGGGACAAGAGGCAUCGACAGAAGCCAUUCACAAAGAAAAGGACAUCGAAAACGCCGGUAGUCGAGACAUGCUCCCCUUUCCAGCCGAUUUUUCGACCUCUUCAUCUUCUAUUCAGGAGCUGUACAACGCUGGAGUCAAGAUUAAUGUCCGGUUGGGUCGGUCGCGCGUCAAUCCAUUGCAUUUCCCACCAGUCGAAAUCAUCAUUCAAUCGCCACAAGUCGUCUCUCAAGAGAUAUUACCGUUUGACAACUCAGACGUGUUUAUUACAAAGCUUCCCGUUUCUCCAGCAACCGCGUUCCCUCUUGGCUCCCCAUCGAACCCAGUGCAAGACCCUGUUUCCGACCCAGAAAGCCCCUCAGCCAGGCAAGUGGCUUCAGCGCAACCCAAGAUAGUUGUACCCAAAACAACCUCGAAUGUCGGACCCGGUCUGGACUUGAAUGGCAAAGACAGUGUCGGAGUCGAUGUCCAAACGAAUCCAAAUACAUCUCCGAAUCUGGACAGGACGGCAACGGAAGUAAAACUGAGGGCGGCGAAUGCGCCUGCAAGGGUACAGUUGGCGCGAUUUGGCUCCGUGGCUCCACGGGCGGAUGAAGUUGCGGCCUAUCAUGUUGCCCCUUCGCUAUUACGAUCAACUGGGCCGUUUGCUUCAACAAUGCCGAUGUCCACCUCCCAAUCUCAGCCUUUCUCCCCAACCACAACUCAAGUCGUUGGCAGCUCCACCAACACUCUUCACGUCCCUCAUAAUAGCUCUGCUUCUCAAAUACGCCGUUCUACAGUGUCUGGUAUGGUUACUGGUCCUUCGUUUCUUCGGAUCCCAUGGCAACAGCUUCCUCCGUCAGCCCACGCGCUAGGAAAGCGAGCAGAUAUAAACAGACCGGAACAACCUCCCAUGGUCGUUGCUGCACCACACGAUGUGACAACACAAGAAGAGCGUCCCGGAAGGAGACGAUCAAUAACGGAGGAGCCUAUCGCCCGUUCUUCGAUCGAGUUUGCGCGCCAUCGUAGGGCAGCAACUGGCCAGCCUGUGCUUCCAGCUAUCGGCGAGCGACAUGUGAUGGACAAUAGCCGUGGUUCUGGUGGAAGUCAAUCGGACAAAGAGAACAUCAAAAGGAACGCAACGACAUCGAAUGCUACUGGUGCUGCUCCAAAAAGCGAUGGCGGUUGGAGGCACAGAGAUGAAGGGUUUGUGUAG